UGACCUUGAGCUGGACGAGUGCAAUCUUGAAGGACCGGGCCGAUGCCAUUGUGCAGGAUCGCCUUCGCUGCCCAACAUCAAGAGCGACCAGUCUCCAACUCUCACCCCGGUCUCGUUGCCGAGUCGCUCUGACCAUGUUGCUUCUGUCGCCGUCCGCCCUGAGGGCCCUGCGCACACCCGCAUCCGCCUCGAUGCUGCGAGCCCUCCCGCACUCGCACCUGUUUGCGACAUCGGCCCCGAUGCGCUUCGCUGCUCUGGUUUCAGACCAUGCAUUUGGCUUCCUCCCCCAGAACAUCUCGAGAGUCGCGUUCACUUCCUCGGUGCUUCAGCUCGACGACCAGAGCGAAGACGAUGUCUAUAAAAAGUAUGCCGAGAAGCUGAAAAAGAAGGGCGAAAGUCUCGGCAUCAGCAACCUCGAUGAGCUGAAAAAGUACGCCAGCGAGCAGAGCAAACCCGAGCCCGAGUCUCCACCCCCGUCUCCUUCGCCGAGCGGUCCUGAAGCUCCACAGGUGCCGCCCAAGCGCACGCCACCCAAGCGCAAAGAUGGGUUGCCCCCGACGGUCAAGAAACUCGACGAGAUCAUGCAGCUCGACAAGGUCGCGACCGAGACCCCCGAGCGUAUCGGCGAGAUCUGGAACACCUACUACUCCAGUAAGCCCAACUAUGUCUCGGCGCUUGUUCCGGGCGAGUUUUACAAGAAGCUCUCCGAGCGAGCCAAGACGUACCCGAUGUUCAUUCUGCCUCUGCCCAGGGACCAAGGAUUUGAGUUUGUCCUGCUCCAGUUCUCCGGCAACCAGACCUUCCUGACACCUCUGAUCGAGUACCAAACCCAUCGCGAGAACGCCCGCCCACACCUGGUUCUGAACUACUAUACAGACCUGGUCGAAGACAAGGGCAUUGUCCUGAUGUCUGGCGAACUUGGAGCCACCGAGUCCGGGGCCAGCUCCUUCAGUAUCUCGGAUGCCCAGAACCUUGUCUACCAGAUGCAGCUAUUCUACGUCACCGGUCCGGACAGCAUGACCUCGUUGGUCGAGCGAUUCAACAAAGACCCAGCCAACUUUGACUACCAGCUGCUCAUCACUGAGGCAUCGAGCCUCACCUCUUGAUCGUGCUGCGUCGGCUAAGAGCCUACAUCUGCGUGCCAAUAUAAUUCCUUCGAGGAGCAAAUGAUGUCCUCCAUUUCUUUCA